UUAUAAGCCAAUAUAUCAUCAUCAAUAAUAUAAUUUUGCAAAACCAAGAAAAGUUGAAGGAACACUAGAAAGACGCCAUAACCAAGAAUCUGUUGAAGUCUUGAAGCCAAGCAAAGCUUAAGAAGCUAAGAGAGCAUUUAUCAUCAGCCCACACAUAAAUAUUCUUGAGUCUUAAAGAACAUUUCGGGAAAAAGAAAAAGUCCAAAGACUCAAGAUCAAGAAGGCUUCCUCUUUUCCACCAUAUUGCAUAAUAGGAGUUCAGGAAAAAUCGAAUUCCGUACCAUGGUUGGUAUUUUCUCUAGAUUCUCUGUUGGUAGAAGUGGCCAUAGAAGAACACAGAGUGCCAUCGAUCUGAGGGAACCACUGCCUCCAAAUACUACUAAUCUUGAUGGUUCGAUUCAUGGGAUCGAAGUAGGAACAGAGUUUAAACCAGUGGAGCACCCUAUUGAGCCCAUGGACAAUGAUCAACCGGUUCAGUGUCCACUCCCUGAGCCAUCCAUUCUCAAUGACGGGAGAAUCUGGAAAGAGAGAGUGUCGGCUUCAAUGAGGAGACGAGGCGAGUUGGCCAUUACACAAGAUGGAGUAGAUGUAGUUGAAUCUGUUGGAACCAGCUGUGUUCCUACAGAACCUGAUGGCUUUAUGACAAAACCAUCGGUGACUAGCCAAUGCAAUCCCAAGCGUCGGUUCUUGCCUUCGCUCAGUGCACCAGAACGCCACAUGCUUAAUCUACUUGAAGAAUGCAAAGCUUCUGGUACUAUCUAAGAACCAAUGCCGGUCUACGCUCUUUUUUCAAUAUGUUAACACUGUAACUUGCAUCACAAGCCCUACAAGUUUCCUUCAGUUCCAAGUUACCUUAUCUGUGUUAAAGAAGAUUAAGUAUUGGUUUCUCUUUUUGUCCCCCACUUAGUUAGAGGUAUUGUGUUUGUAUUCUGUCUCUGUUCUGCUCCCACCAUGUUUUAGCAUGCACUUCCCCA